AUGACGAACAACGAUCUAACCUUCACGACUCUUGGGUCUGGUGUAAUGGGAUGCGCUAUUAUGGGCGGAAUCAUGGCCUCGCUCAUCGAGCUUCGCUCUGGCAAAGAGAUCCCACAAGACGAUACACCCUCCCACCUACCUGGCAAAUUCAUCGCUUGCGACAUGCGCAAAGAAGCCGAAACUCAAGUUCAGAACGCCCUAGGACACUACAAGCUUCCCCUCACGACUCUCACAAACGAAAACCUCAGGGGCACAAAGGAGGCUGAUAUUAUCUUGCUAGCCUGCAAACCCUGGGCAUUCAAGGACGUGCUGGGCGCGGAGGGCAUGAAGGAGGCGUUAGCUGGUAAGCUUCUGAUCAGUAUCCUGGCUGGUGUCACGGCGGAGCAGAUCGAGGAGUUCUUGUAUGACAACGAUGCGUCGGCUCAAUAUAAGUGUCAUAUCGUAAAGGUCAUGCCGAACACGGCUUCUAUGGUCCGAGAAAGCACAACGGUGAUUGCGGCACGGAAUCCCCCGCUCCCAGAGACUCAGUUGACACUGGCUACUUGGAUCUUCUCGAGGAUAGGACGCGUAGCUCACCUUCCGGCUAGUGUCAUGGACGCGGCGACUGCCUUGGUUGGCUCCGGGCCUGCUUUUGUGGCUGUCAUGCUCGAGGCUAUGGCUGAUGGUGCAGUUGCUAUGGGUAUUCCCCGGGCUGAAGCCCAGAUGAUGGCGGCGCAGACUAUGCGUGGAACUGCUGCUUUGGUGCUGAACGGAGAACAUCCUGCUAUAUUGAAGGACAAAGUUUGCACACCUGGUGGCUGCACUAUUGGUGGAAUUAUGGCUAUGGAGGAAGCUGGUGUCAGAGGCGGCGUGUCCAGAGCAAUUAGAGAGGCCACAAUGGUCUCCAGUAAGCUUGGCCAAGGAGUCGCAGGGUCAAACGUGAACGGAACUUGGAGGUGA